AUGAGUGGGCGCGUCUGGGCAACACCGGCUGGGACUGGAAGAACCUUUUCCCUAUUUCCAAAGAGCUCCUUCUUGACCGAGCCCAGCGCCGACCUUGUCGCUCAGUACGGUUACACCUGGGACUCCUCCAACUACGGUGGCGAUUCCAUCCAGGUCUCCUUCCCUCCCUUCCAGUGGCCUAUUCAGAAGGUCAGCUGGGACGCCUGGGUCGAGUUUGGUCUCGACACCCCCAAGGACUGCGCCAACGGUGACAAGCAUGGUGUUUGCUGGGUCCCUACUGCCCAGAACUCGGAGACGGUACAGCGUUCGCAUGCCGGUAUUGGCCACUACACCAACAUCGCCGCGGCUCGCCCCAACCUCGACCUUUUGCCCGAGCACAAGGUCACCCGCCUUGUGAUCGACAAGUCUCAAAAGGUUCCCGCCAUCGAGUACCGCCCCGUCGCCGGCGGUGACGUCAAGACGAUCCGUCCCAAGCGGGAGGUUAUUCUCUCCGCCGGUGCCAUCCACACCCCCAGAUUCUCCAGCGCAGCGGUGUUGCCUCUGCCUCGUACCUCAAGUCCGUCGGAAUCAAGGUUGUCGAGGACCUCCCUGGUGUGGGCCAGAACUUCCAGGACCACUGUGGACCCCCAAUCACCUUCAGCUACGAUGCCCCCAGCCCAAGUGAGGCCGACAUCACCAACAACGCCACCUACGCUGCCGAGUCUGUGGCACAGUUCCGUGAGCGUCCCGCCCGCGGCCCUUACACUCGCCAUGGGCAACAGCGCCGCCUACGUCUCGCUUCCCAAGAUCACCUCGCAGUACAAGAACAUCGUCGCCAACAUUCGCAAGCAGAUUAGGGACCGCUCUGCUCUUCAGUACUUGCCCGCCGGUGCCGCCAAGGAGGUGCAGGCUGGUUACCUGGCCCAGCUCGAGGUCAUUGCCCAAGCCCUUGAGAACCCUGAGCACCCUAUCCUCGAGGCUCCCUUCGCCACCGGCCCUGGCACUGCCUUCCUCUUGAAGCCUCUGAGCCGCGGUACUGUUCUUCUCAACCCCGAAGACCAUGAUGCCACCCCUAUCGUCAACUACCGCACUGCCGCCAACCCCAUCGACCUCGACAUCAUGGUCACGUACGUCGACUACUUCCGUCGUCUCUACGCCACCGAUGCCUGGAAGGCCCUCAACCCUGUCGAGGUUGCCCCUGGUGCCGGCGUUACCGAUAACGCUGCCAUCGCGGAGUACAUCAAGAACAGCAUCAUCCAGUCCCUCAUGCACCCUUGCUGCACCGCCGCUAUGCUCCCGAGGGCGAAGGGUGGCGUCGUGGACACCAAGCUGUCCGUGUACGGUGUUUCUAACCUCCGUAUUGCCGACCUUUCCAUCAUCCCCACCCUUCCUGCUGGCCACACCACCACUACUGCCUACGCAGUCGGUGAGAAGGCCGCCGAUCUCCUCAUCACCCGCUGGAAGAAGGACUGCAAGGCGUAA